AUUCAGAUGUCUGAUAACCGCUGAGGGUGGAAAGACAAGUCCUUGAAGUAGACCCUGCGGACACAUCUCUGUGCUCUUUGCAGGAGAAACGCUUUAGAGGGAAGUCAAAGCUUGCACUCCAAAUCUUAAAGAAUGCCCACAGUCUUCAGUGGAAAUUGUACACGUAGAAGAGACGGGAGAAUUUGGCCUUGAAUAUGAAUGUAAAAGUUAAUAGUACGAACACCCUGCAAAAGCUCACAUCCUGGUGUGCAUGUAACAAAUAUGCUUUCGGUCUCCGGGUCACGGUUGGAACGCAAUCUGAGGGAGAUCCACCUACUGAGAGGUUUCUGCUGUUCCUCUUCCUCAUCCUGCUCGUCUCGGGGUCCCGGUGUGCUGCUCAGUGUUACAUGAGACCCUCCAACAAAUACGGCUGUGUGGAAAACCGAAAGCUGUAUCACUUCGGCGUCGUGUGGAAGACCAAGGACUGUUUCCGAUGCGAAUGUCAGCCCCACACAAUGAUCUGCUGCAGCCUCGUUUUCAGACCCGUCAACUACGACCGGGAGAACUGCAUUGCCCUGUUCCAUCAGAAGACCUGCUCCAUGCGCGUGGUGUGGAGGACCGAUCCCCACCGACUUUGCCACGUCUUUACCGGAGCGGGCUAGGGCGGGCCCGGAGGGGUCUUCUCAUUCCGCAGCUCUGGAGAGGGGAGGGGGGCAGUCACUCGGCCUGGCUUCGGGAAGAACCGGCUCGUGCCCCCCUUUUCCACACACACGCGGCUGCGGCGGCUCUGCACCGAUUUGCGACAGCCCUAGUUCCAGAUUCUGGCUGGGAACGGCCUCUCUGGUGAAAUUGGGGGGUGCAAUAAAGACAAACGCAUCCAG